AUGCCAAGCACCCUGUGGAGCAGCCUGCCCAUGGUGCUGGGGCUGCUGCUCUGGCAGCCCGUGGGCGCCAGCGGCCCGUGCUGGGAGAGCAGCAGAUGCCAGGACCUCAGCAGCGAGGCCGGACUUCUGGGCUGUGCCAUGGCGUGCAGAGCUGACCUGUCAGCUGAGGCUCCCGUGUACCCAGGGAACGGGCACCUCCAGCCCCUCUCCGAGAGCAUCCGCAAGUACGUCAUGAGCCACUUCCGCUGGAACAAGUUUGGUCGGAGGAACAGCAGCAGCGGGGGGCACAAGCGGGAGGAGGGGACGGGGAGCAACCCACCGCUGGCAUCAUUCCCUGCCAUCCCACCAUCCCACCACGAGGAAGAGCAAGGAACCGGGCUAGAGCGGGAGGAAGGCAAACGCUCCUACUCCAUGGAGCAUUUCCGCUGGGGAAAGCCAGUGGGACGCAAGAGGAGGCCUGUCAAGGUCUACCCCAAUGGGGUGGAGGAGGAAUCGGCAGAGAGCUACCCGCUGGAAUUCCGGAGGGAGCUGGCUGAGGAGGAGGAGGAGGAGGACCAGGAGGAGGAGAGGGAGGAGGAGGAGGAGGACCAGGAGGAGGAGAGGGCUGGUGGCUCCUACCGCAUGCGGCACUUCCGCUGGCACGCGCCCUUGAAGGACAAGCGCUACGGGGGCUUCAUGCCCUCGGACCACAGCCAGACCCCUCUAGUGACUCUCUUAAAAAAUGCCAUCAUCAAAAGCGCCUACAAGAAGGGGCAGUGA